UAAAAAUGAAAUAAAAAAUUGAAUAGAAUCCAUUGGAGCUCCUUUGCGCCUUCCGUUCCCGAGGCUACAAAUGGACAGCCGAGUCCGUCGCGGAGGAGAUAUAAUACUGGGUUCCAGAUCAAACCCUAGAAAUUUUCAGGCGACCCUCCCGUCUCCCCUGGGACCUUCUUUGCGUCCUCUACCCGGUUCCUCCGCGAUUCCUUUAGAUUCCGUGCUAUUUUCCUUGGCUUCUGGUUGGUGUGGAUCGAUUCGAGGUCGGCUGAUUCGAUUUCGAAGCAAAGGUUGUCUCUGGUGAGGUUCCUCCAAGUGUAAAUUUCUUUGAUGAGUGACAUGAGGCUCAGAAGCUGCUAUUUUGUCUGCCUUAAUACCGAAAUAAUUAAGAUUUAUUCAAGACCUCAUGGGACAGUAGCAACUCAUAGUAGGGAUAUGAUGUGUAGGGGGAGUCCUGGGAAGAAGCUUGUACUUUGAACUUUAAUAUCUGUUAUUUUUUGUGAAGAAAGUUGGCUGAAAGAAUAAAUUUCUAUGGUUCCUGGAAGUAGCAUUUGCAUGGAAUUUCCUGAAUUUCAGAUCACUGAUGAUGAACUUGCCGAUGCUAGCAUUGAACUUGAUGGUAUCCUACCUUCCAAGUCUUCCACUGCUUCUGGUAUUAAAGCAGGCAUAUCUUCUACAAGUAGUGUGCAUGAGCUUCUUGAAUGCCCAGUUUGUACAAAUUCUAUGUACCCUCCCAUACACCAGUGCCCAAAUGGUCACACUCUCUGCUCAAGUUGCAAGCUCAGAGUACAUAAUCACUGCCCUACUUGUCGCCAAGAACUGGGUAAUAUCAGAUGCUUAGCUCUUGAGAAGGUGGCAGAGUCACUUGAGAUUCCUUGUAAAUAUCAGAACCUGGGAUGCUCUGAAAUACAUCCAUAUUAUACUAAAUUGAAACACGAGCAACUAUGCAGGUUCAGGCCGUACAGUUGCCCCUAUGCAGGUUCUGAAUGCCUGUUCACAGGUGACAUUCCAAUGCUUGUGGCCCACCUGAAAAAUGAUCAUAAGGUGGAUAUGCAUGAUGGGUGCACAUUCAACCACCGUUAUGUGAAAUCCAACCCCCAUGAUGUUGAAAAUGCAACAUGGAUGCUCACUGUUUUCAGUUGUUUUGGACAGUACUUCUGUCUGCACUUUGAAGCCUUCCUCCUGGGAAUGGCUCCAGUUUACAUGGCGUUCUUAAGAUUUAUGGGUGAAGACAGCGAGGCAAAGAACUACACUUACAGCCUGGAAGUGGGCGGCAACGGGCGGAAACUGACAUGGCAGGGAGUGCCUAGGAGCAUCAGGGACAGCCACAGGAAGGUUCGAGAUAGCUACGAUGGGUUGAUCAUCCACCGAAACAUGGCCCUCUUCUUCUCAGGUGGAAGCCGGCAGGAGCUGAAGCUGCGGGUGACUGGUCGAAUUUGGAAAGAGCAAUGAUUUGAACUGCCUUCCACGCUUCUGUUGUUCAACCGAGUGCGACAAUAAGUCUAUGAUUAGCUGAUAAAUUAUGUCGAGUCUUUUUGCUUUAACAUUGCAUUUUGUACCUUAGCAAAUGCAUGUCAUAAAUCAUGUCAAGUCUUUAUGCUUUAAUAUUUGAAUUUUAUACCUUAGCAAAUGGACAAGUCAAACUCUGUUUUUGUAUAUGUUCACUUCUGUGUGAUUCAAGAUCAGAGGAAGCACAUGAUAAAUAUUAGUUGACUG